AAAGCUCUUCUUCUUACUCAACGUAAACUGUAUUCUGCACAUCAAGUGUACGUGAGGAUUUAACUUAUGAUGACGUUUAUCAAGAUGGAACUCUGCUUUUGCACCGAUCUCAAACCGGUGUGUGGCCGUGGCAUUUGUGUGUGUGUUGUAUUUGUUUUUAUGGGAUUUAGGGAGAUUCCAAGAUGCUCCUUACGGAAGUUGUGUCACUUCCCGAUGAUUUAAAGGCUUUAUUCAUGGAGUUUAAAGACAAUUUAUGGUUUAUCCAUUGCCAUGUGUGUACUUCCGUCUGAUCACUGACAAUUAUUUUAAAAAGAGGCUUUUCCUCCUUCAGGUUUUUAGUUGGAUGCUGGAAGACAAUGUCAGUAAAACAAAUGUUUUGAUGUAUUUAGAACUCAAGUGUCGACAUGAUGUCUCAAAGCUAUGAAAUCUGCAGGUUUGCUUCUGCAUAUGAAGAUCACAUCUUUUAAAAUCGGCCGUUCAGUAGUUUCAUACAUUUUCUCUACUUUGGAGAUUCCAAACUUUAAGUACUUGCUGAAAGACAUUUUUGAUAUUUUGCACACUUCCACACGAGGGGCAUCCUUUGCACGCUCAGUGUUACAGAAUGAUUUAAAGAUGUUUUUUUGUAACUUCUCUUACAGGUCUGGUUUGUUUCCUGCCUCCAGUAAAGCAAUGGUAUCUGCGUUGGGGGGGUUGUAGCAAAGAGGUCGUGAGCCAGCGAGGAGGGGCGCGCUGCUUUUCUGUGCCAUGCCCAAGGCCGUUCAUUACCAACACCAUGGGAAGCUCGCGUUCCGACUGUAAAAACGAGCGCGUCUCGGCGAUGGUCUCUUCCUCCGGGACGCUGAGCUCAUUAAUGGGAUUUCUCAUUGACCCGCAUCCGCAGCGGGCGGCUGGACAGUGAGCCCGGCGGCUGGAUGGACAACAUGUCUCCGCAGCAGCAACAGGACGUCCCCCGGAGAGGCGCACCGCGGGACAACAGACCGAGGAUGAAGUCUCAGAGUUAUCGGCGCCAGUCGGCCCCGUCGCUGGUCAUCACCAAAGCGCUGACCAGGUCCAAGACUCUCUCCAGAGAGAGCUUCCUGGUUCCCGUGUGCCCAGAGACCUGCUCCUUGGUCCAGUCCUUCCUCAGUGGCUCCGAUAGGUCGUUCCUUCUCCACGGACACGCCCAGCUGAAGACCGGCAUGCAGACCCAGGACCGACACCUCUUCCUGUUCACCGACGUGCUGGUUAUCGCCAAAGCCAAAUCCGCCAACCACUUCAAGCUGAAGGCCCAGGUGUGUGCGUGCGAGAUGUGGACGGCGGACUGCAUGGACGAGGUGUGUGAGGGGAGCACGGACCCAGAGAGGAGCUUUGUGAUGGGCUGGCCCACCUGUAACUGUGCGGCUGUGUUUAGCUCGGCGGAACUGAAGGACAGAUGGCUCGCCCUCCUGAAAAGUCGCAUAAGAGAAGAGAAAGAGAGGGAGGAACCCAAAACCAUUCCUCUCAGAGUGUACGGGAAGGGAAUCAACACUUUUGCUGUUACCAAGACGCUCCCGGUCAGCAACUCGGAUUCAACCAAUGAGGUGAUCCGACUGGCCCUGCAGCAGUUCAGCAUCAUCGGAAAUGUGAAGGACUUCCAGCUGUGGGUCAUCUCCAAGAGGGACAACACCCCUUAUCCUCUGAUUGGUCACGAGUUUCCCUUCAGCAUCCAGAUGAGCCACGUGAGACACACCAUGUCUCAGGGAGGCGGAGGAAGGGACGCCGACGGACAGAGGGCCAUGCAGGUGGAGCAGAUGCAAGUGUACAAGCAGUGCCAGUUCAUCAUGAAGCCGCGACCCGUGGAAUUGCCGCACGCGUCCGCAGAGUGGUGUCAGAAGCCGUUUAAAAGGAGGCGUUCCCUCAUCACCUGGGCCUUCUGGCGAGGCUCCUCCUCUCACCUGAACGAGCUGUCCCUCGCCAGCGCGCCGCGCGGCUGCCUGUUCGGCCGGCCGCUCGGCUCCGUUUGCAUCGAGGACGCUCUGCCGAAGCCGGUGAUGGACAUGAUGGCGUUUCUGUACCACGAGGGCUCAUGGACGCGGGGGAUCUUCCGGCGGUCGGCGGGGGCUCGCGCCGUCAGGGAGCUCCGGGACAAUCUGGACGCGGGAGGGUUUCAGCUCCCUCUUUCCAGAGACCACGUCUUCCUCAUCGCGGGAGUCUUUAAGGAUUUCUUGCGCAGCAUCCCAAGCAGCCUGUUCCGCUGCGAGCUGCAUGAAGAGUGGAUGGAGGUGCUGGAUGAGGAGGAUGAGGAGGAGGAACAAGUGCAGGACGUCAAGAGGAUGAUAUGCCGCCUGCCCAAGGAAAACGCCCUGUUGCUACGCUACCUGUUGGCGUUGCUGCAUGGUAUCCAGGGCAACGCCCACGAGAACCAGAUGACCACUUUCAAUUUGUCAGUGUGCAUCGCUCCCAGCAUGCUUUGGCCUCCCGGAGCCCCCUGUAGUCCUGAGGUUGAGGGAGAAGAAACCAAGAGGGUUUGUGAGCUGGUGAAGUUUAUGAUUGAGCACUGUCAGCAGAUCCUGGGGGAGAAUCCCUCCUCCCUGUUUGGAGGACCGCCGCAAAGACUGACCGACGAGAUGGGAUCAGACUCCUGGCCGUACCCUCUGACGGACUCCUCCUACGACAGCCUGGACAACGAGCUGGACUCUCCCGGCCUGCGGCAGAAGAUCUCGCCAGACUCAAAACGCUGCGAGGCAGCCUGGACUCCGUCCUCACGUUCAGCGACUGCGAGCAGGACCCGGACCUCCCGCCGGCCCGAACCGACAGCCCCCCGUGGCGCGAGAAGUCCCCCCCGCUGGGGCGGAGCGGCGGCGGGAGAGAGGACGCCGACCCCUCCUCUCAACCCGGCCGGGAUGAGCGGCGGCGGCGGCGCUCGGCGCCGGCUGUGGCGUGCGAGGCCGAGUUUCGUCCGUGCGUCCCUGGGUGGGGGGGCCACGGCCUCUCUCACGGGGGCGAGGAGCUGUCCAGCAAACCCGGCGGCGUGGCGCUCCAACACAAGGAGGUGGAGGUGAGCUCCCCCAGCCUGUCCCCGACCCCCGCCUCCCCGGAAAAAACCCGGUCCUCCACGGACUCCCUCGGCUCCCCCAGCGGUGACGCCGCCCGGGAGCCCAGACGCGGGCUUCACCCGACCAAGAGUCAUCUGCCCCCCGGUUCCCCCCCCUCCUCUCUCGCCUCUAAACCCAUGACCAUAAGUUCUGCCGGUGGACAUCUGGACCUGGGGACUUUUCAAAAAGCCCCCACCCAACCCAAAGAAGCAGUCAACUGGGGGACCCUGAAAGGCUGCAGGGGCCUCCACCCAAACUCCUGGCUGAAGAAAGGCCGCAGACUGUCACUCACCCAACAAGACACCGUGGAGAAGGAGGCCGAGGGAGGAUCCUCCGAUAAGUCGCUGACAUUGGGGGAGCAGGAAAGAGGAGCCGCGAGGGGACGAGCACCACCGAUGUCCACCGGCCAGCCGAAGCCCAAAGCGUCCCGCGGAGCCUCCGGGGACGCAGGGCGGGAAAGACGCCGCGCGAUGGGGAGGCCGGUCCACUCAUCCAGCCCCCCUUCCCACCAUCGCUCCACAGGCAGUCUCCAGUUCCCCAAGUCCCCCUGGUUCGCCGCGUCGGACUCCCCGGUGACCUUCGAGCAGCUCGGCAGCGAGCGGCGGCGGCGGCGGCAACCGUCGCCGUCUCCGGUCCCCGGGCCGAGCGGGGCGUCCCUGUCCCUGUUCAAGCAACACAAGUCUCCCCCGCGGAGGAGGGGCGCGACGCCGGGCCCGGCGGGCGCCGGGGGUCGGAACCCGGGCGGCAGGCGGCGGCGGGCGGGCCUCCGGCGGGGGACGCGGAGGCCAGCGACCGGGGCCGAGGGCUCCGAGGCGGCGGCAAAGCGGUGAGGACUACUUCUCGUCGGACCCCCAGAGCGGCGAGCGGGUGACGGCCGCGCUGGCGGAGAGCCGCAGCGAUUGGCUGAAGAGGUGCAGCGGGGCGGAACCGGACUUUGAGCAGCUUCUGUUUGCCGAGGAGUCUUACGUCUGAUUACGACCGUAACGUAGAGUCACGUUCUGUUUACAACCUAAAAACACGCUUAUUGGUUCUUCACUCUGCUUGUUUGUGGUCACCGUCCAGUUAGAGUCUGUCCUUUUGUAGAACAUAUUUUUUUUUAAAUACCAGGUACAUUUUGAGCUUUUUGCCAUUAAGGGAAUAUGUGUAAUUUAUGCUGAAACACUACUUUAUUUGCUGAAGGAUCGUCUCGGUAUCAAAUGCAUCAACUAAGUUGGAUCGGACCCUCAUUCUCGUGUUUUGUUUCAAACGCCAAUUUAAACCACCUAGAGUUGCCUUCUUUUUAUCACGAACAAGUACAAUCUCUCAUUCAAAAUGAAUCAAUGGAAUUUCUAUAAUAAUCGUCUAUAAACAGAUUUUUUUUAAGGCUUAAUGGGAUGAUUUCUGGCCUCAGAUUCAAAUGUCCAUACAUAAUUCAGCAUUACAUUAAGUUGAUAAAACAGAUGCCUGUCGACUCUACAUUGGGCAGUUUUCACUUGUAUUGUUUCCCUACUUUGCUGUUAAGAAAGUCCGAUAGUUACAUUUGACCAAAUGAAUGGGAUGCGAUCCUUUGUUGCUGCUGCUUAUGUAUAAGACCAGUAAUGUAAAUCUUGUGUGGGACCCGGCUGAGCUCUCCACUAUGCGUUUUACAUCACAAGAGCACAGCUUAUUCUGUAAUGAAUCAGUUUUGUAUUUAGUACCAUUACGCCGUUUUAUCUUAACUUACUUACAGAUACUCAAACUAUUCUCAGUGAUGGGAAAACUCUACUGGGGGUUUCAAUGGAGCGUUUUACAAACUGUAAUGUCUCUUUAAGCCUUAUUUGCAUUAUCAUGUAUGUCCAGUUCCAAUUUAAAUUGUGUAAAUAUAAUCCCUCAAGUAUGUUUUUCAAGCUUUAUAUUUUAUGCACCUCUGAACUUUGUUUAAAUAAGCUACAAGAUCACUUGAUUUUUAAUGUUUAGGCCUCCUUACCUGUAUUCAAACGCUGUGCUAACAAGCUGCAUUUGCAAAUAAAAUCACCUGACUAUAACGUGG